ACAGUUUGGAUGUGAAAUGAGGUGCACGGUUUUUAUGUCAUGAGAGUUGUUGAGGGUGUAGUAAGAAAAAGACCUCGUUGGAGCUCCAGCUGCACCAGAGCAAGGCUUUUAGACGAGACUAAGGCCUCCUGUCAAUCCUCUUACAAUGUUCCUCAGUGAAAAUGGAUUAGCGAGUAACACCUACGUUUUGGCCCGCGGUCACUUUGGCGGAUUGGAUUGGACGAGAAUGUGGCUGUCACCAUCCUCAUAAUACAAUGCACCAAAUACAUUUCUGUCAGUAUUUUAAUUUGUGUCUUUUUUGAUGAUUUUCCAACUGGGACUUUGACUUUUGGAUUUAUUUUUUUAACUUUGGAUGUUUUUUGAAACCUGUCUUCCAAGAUGAGUGUCGAGGAGCACGGUUCUUUGUUGUCAUCCACAUCCGCCCCUUGAACGCCGGGUUGUGAAAGGGGGUGGCUGCUUGGCGUAAGUAGCUCUCCAGGGUGCUGAAGUUGUCUCCAAACGGCUCCCCCACCUGUCACUUGGCAGCCUGGCGGUCCAAGCGCGAUGACUCGGCUCCCCGGUCGCUCACUGAAAGCAGGUAAGGUUACGAGGACGCUGAGGUGACACCUGGACUGCAGAGCUGGCCUGAUGACUUAAUCGGAAAGCAAGGCGAGUCAUUUUACUUACUCUUUGUCUGAAAUGCCUUUCAAAUGUCUGCAUUCUUAAAACGUGCGCUUCUUUUCCAGAUGACGAUCCUGUAGUGUACCUAAAACAUCACUACCUCUAAUUCAUAGCCAGGACAAUGCAACAUUUUCCGCCUCCAUGGGAGCCCAAUCAUCCAUUUGUGCCUACAGUUAAAAGCCGACAUUCUUCACUGACGCCGGAUUUUUAUAACUUUCUCGUAUUUGUCAUCCUUGGAUUGUUGCCGUUCCCUUGCUGCGUCCGCGGUUUGGUCUUCAAAGUGGGCGUCCUGGGGCCUUGGAAUUGCGACCCGGUCUUCUACAGGACACAGCCGGCCGCCGCUGCAAGGCUCGCUGUAACCAGGAUAAACGAAGACCUCAGUUUGAAUUUGGACCUGAAGAUGGAUUUUGUCAUUCUUCAGGAGCCUUGUGAGACUUCCAAAGCGCUGACUGAAUUCAUACACUAUGAGAAGAUGGCGGAUGCAUUUGUGGGGCCUACUAAUCCGGGAUACUGUACUGCAGCGUCACUGCUGGCAAAGAAUUGGGACAAGUCCAUCUUCUCCCACGGCUGUGUCAAUUUUGAGCUGGACCGCAUCACGGGCUACCCAACUUUUUCCAGGACGGUGCCGUUUCCCUCUGAGGUGCUUUUCACAGUGUUGAAGCACUUCCGGUGGGCGAACAUCGUGGUGGUCUCCUCCAACGAAGACAUCUGGAUUGACACGGCGGAGAGAGUGGCUGCUGCCAUAAGGAAAAAGGGGCUGUCCGUCGCCUUGGUUACGUCUGUGGGCAUCAACGAGAUCCAAGUUGAGAGCACGCUGAGGAAGAUCCAAGAAGCAGGGGAGAUAAGAGUGAUCGUCAUGUGCAUGCACUCUGUGUUGCUCGGAGGGGAGCAGCAGGCCACUUUCCUCGUCAAGGCACAACAAAUGGGUCUGACUUCGGGCAAGUACGUUUUCGUGCCCUACGACGCCCUGCACUACAGUUUGCCCUACGACACCCCAUUCUCUCCCCUGCAAAACAACAGCAGGCUGAGUGAGGCGUAUGACGCCGUACUCACAAUCACCAUAGUCUCAGAUCCCGUAUCCUUCAACGAGGCGUACGCGGCAGCCAAAGAGAGCGGGGAAGUGAGGCUGAGUGCGGCCGCGGCGCAGGUUAAUCCACUAUUCGGCACAAUCUAUAACGGCAUUUACCUACUUGCCAAGUCCAUCCACAAAAUCCGGAGGGUUGGCAUGCAUCUGUCAGGCUCCAACCUGGCCCACUUCACCAAGAACAUGUCCUUCAGUGGCUUCAACCAGAAGGUCCAGGUCAACAACGUGGGUGAAAUCAAAACCGGCUACAUCAUCCUGGAUACCAGCCACGCUGGCAGCCGGCUGUACCCGACCUACAUCGUGGAUCUAACAUCCGGGCAGCUUCGGUUUGCUGGGAGGUCCAUUCAUUUUCCAGGAGGAUCUCCUCCACCUUCUGAUUCCAGCUGCUGGUUUGUCAAGAGUGCUCUCUGCGAACGAGGCAUGGAGGUCACCCACGUCAUUGUGGUGUUUGCGGUCAUCGUCGCUCUGGCUGUUACAGGCCUUGUCAUCAGUCUGUACAUCAGAAGGAGACUCCAGCAAAUCCAGCUGGUCAAAGGCCCAAAUCGGAUCCUGCUGACCUUAGAGGAUCUUACUUUCAUCAACCCUCAGAUUAGCAAGAGGAAGAUCACUUUGGAGGACAUGAGUGAGUCCAAAAGUGGCCUUGAAGAGAAAUCUGUGGACCGCUCACAUUCGGUGAACAGCAUGCACACAGCGACUCACGAGACCACCAACGUUGCUGUUUUUGAGGGUGACUGGGUGUGGCUAAAGAAAUUUGAGGACGGACAGUUUAAGGAGGUGAACCAGAGCAGCACAAAGAUGUUGACCAAGAUGAAGGACUUGAGAAACGAGAACGUGAAUCCCUUCCUGGGCUUCUUUACGGAGAGCUCCAUGUUUGCGGUGGUGAUCGAGCACUGCUCCAGGGGGAGUCUGCAAGACCUGCUUAGGAACGAAGACGUCAAAUUAGACUGGAUGUUCAAGUCCUCGCUUGUGCUUGACCUCAUCAAGGGAAUGAAAUACCUCCACCAUAGGGAUUUCCCACAUGGCCGGCUAAAAUCUCGGAACUGCGUGGUGGACGGGCGCUUUGUGCUCAAGAUUACAGACUAUGGCUUUAACGAGCUUCUCGAAUCUCAAAAAGCUCCCAUAGAGAAACCUCCACCUGAAGAUCUUUUUUGGACAGCUCCAGAAUUCCUGAGGGAUCUGGCAAGCUCCCGUAAAGGCACUUACAAGGGCGACGUGUACAGUUUUUCCAUUAUUCUCCAAGAGGUGGUGGUUCGAGGACCACCGUAUUGCAUGCUGGGCCUGCCACCCGAAGAGAUUAUUCGAAAGGUUAAGAAGCCUCCUCCAAUGUGCCGGCCCACUGUCGUUCCCGACCAGGCUCCUUUGGAAUGUAUCCAAUUGAUGAAGCAGUGCUGGAGUGAACUUCCAGACCGAAGACCCGACUUCGAUGAAAUUUUUGACAGGUUCAAGAUCAUCAACAAGGGUAAGAAGACCAACAUCAUUGACUCCAUGUUGCGGAUGUUGGAGCAGUACAGUUCCAAUCUGGAGGACCUCAUCCGAGAGCGAACGGAAGAGCUGGAGGUUGAGAAGCACAGGACGGAAAAACUGCUCUCCGAGAUGCUGCCGCCCUCGGUGGCCGAGGCGCUGAAAACCGGCGCCACGGUGGAGCCGGAGUACUUCGACCAGGUGACCAUCUACUUCAGCGACAUCGUGGGCUUCACCACCAUCUCGUCCCUCAGUGACCCCAUCGAGGUGGUCGACCUUCUCAAUGACCUUUACACCCUGUUUGACGCUGUGCUCAGCAACCACGACGUCUACAAGGUGGAGACCAUCGGUGACGCUUACAUGGUGGCAUCGGGCCUGCCCAAGAGAAACGGCAACAAGCACGCCGCCGAAGUCGCCAACAUGUCUCUGAACAUCCUCAGCUCAGUGGGAACCUUCCGGAUGCGCCACAUGCCCGACGUUCCUGUCAGAAUACGGAUCGGUAUCCACUCAGGGCCUUGCGUCGCCGGAGUGGUGGGCCUGACCAUGCCCCGCUACUGCCUGUUUGGAGACACUGUCAACACCGCCUCAAGAAUGGAAUCCACCGGCCUGCCUUACAGGAUCCACGUAAACUUGAGCACGGUGAACAUCCUCCGCUCUCUCGAGGAAGGUUACAAAAUAGAAGUCAGGGGCAAGACAGAGCUGAAGGGGAAAGGCAUUGAAGAGACGUACUGGCUCGUAGGGAAGUCUGACUUUGCAAAGCCUUUGCCAAAACCGCCAGAGAUCAAACCAGGGGUCAACUGGCAGGAGAUGGUGACCGAUGAGAUCAAGACCCUUUUCCGCAAGGCCAACAGGCCAGUGGCGAAGCAAAGAAAGAGCGCAAAAGAAGGAAAGAUGUGAAAGCAAUGAAGCCAUAGGGACAGAUUCCUUCUGGGGAAAAGGAGGACGUGAAAGCGGCACCCGGCUUCUCUCCCCGUGGCUUAACACGGACUCCUUUAAGAGGAUUCUCCAUCGACUGGCUAAUCUGCCCGGAGCCGACACAGCAGAACAUGACGGUGCUAAUGUAAUGAGACUCCUCCCGUGACCUGCCUGUCUAACUGCUGCCGGUAGACCACGGACCGAUCUUCAGUCAAAGAUGCAUGCACUCAUUUACUUGCUGCACUCACUGGCCACUGGCCACUGAGUGCUCGUUGAAUCGAGGCCAAAGCGGGGGAUACCCUGGAGGCCCAUUUUAAAAAUACUGUACUUGUUUUCUCUGUGCUGCGUUUGAUAUGAAUGCUGAGAAUAGGGAACUUUAUUUAUAUUCCACUCAUAUUGCACGUUGAUUUGAAUCACGGUUAUAAACGCUUACUGUGUUUGUUCAUUUUAAUUUUGCGUAAGCCUACUGUAAUAUUAAGUGGAAAU